GCAGGGAAGGAGGGAGGGAGCAAAGGAAGGAGGGGGCAGAGGAGCGGAGUCGGCUCGGCCCGGUCGGUGGCUUCAGCGGCGCCAUGAGAGCGGGGAGCGGCGGAGAUUGAAUGAGUGAAUUCAGCUAGAACUCAACUUUGUUAGGGCUUUUUUAAAAAAAGUUAUUUCAGUGCAUCAGAGCAAGUGACUACUGCUUGACCGUUCAGAGACUUACAGGUGCUUGCCUGCAUUGCAAUAAAGGACUCAUCUAUUGAGCAAGACUUAUAUUUAUCUCUUCAUUUCGGAGAGUCUAAUAAACUGUUAUUACAGUUUCUGUACUGACUUUCAAACGUUUUUGAAGUCUAAAAAGAGACAGACACCUUUCGAAACAACCCAGCAUGAGCACGGCCAGAACAGAGAACCCUGUUAUAAUGGGUCUCUCCAGUCAGAACGGACAGCUGAGGGGCCCUGUGAAGCCCAGUGGUGGCCCUGGAGGAGGGGGCACACCGACACAGCAACAGAUGAAUCAGCUGAAAAAUACCAACACAAUCAACAACGGCACUCAACAGCAAGCACAGAGUCUGACCACCACUAUUAAACCUGGUGAUGACUGGAAGAAGACUUUAAAACUCCCGCCAAAAGAUCUGCGAAUCAAAACUUCGGACGUGACCUCCACAAAAGGAAAUGAAUUUGAAGAUUACUGUUUGAAGCGGGAGUUGCUGAUGGGAAUUUUUGAAAUGGGCUGGGAAAAGCCAUCUCCUAUUCAGGAGGAGAGCAUUCCCAUUGCUUUAUCUGGUAGGGAUAUCUUGGCAAGAGCUAAAAACGGGACCGGCAAGAGUGGUGCCUACCUCAUCCCCUUACUUGAACGGCUAGACCUGAAGAAGGACAAUAUACAAGCAAUGGUGAUCGUUCCCACUCGAGAACUAGCCCUGCAGGUCAGUCAAAUCUGCAUCCAGGUCAGCAAACACAUGGGAGGGGCCAAAGUGAUGGCAACGACGGGAGGAACCAACCUGCGCGAUGAUAUAAUGAGGCUCGACGACACAGUGCACGUGGUGAUCGCUACCCCUGGGAGAAUUCUGGAUCUCAUCAAGAAAGGAGUAGCGAAGGUCGAUCAUGUCCAGAUGAUAGUAUUGGAUGAGGCAGAUAAGUUGCUGUCUCAGGAUUUUGUACAGAUAAUGGAGGACAUUAUCCUCACGCUACCUAAGAACAGGCAGAUUUUGCUCUACUCAGCCACUUUCCCUCUUAGUGUACAGAAAUUCAUGAAUUCCCAUUUGCAGAAACCCUAUGAAAUUAACCUGAUGGAGGAGCUGACUCUGAAGGGAGUAACCCAGUACUACGCCUACGUAACCGAGCGCCAGAAAGUACACUGCCUCAACACCCUCUUCUCCAGGCUCCAGAUAAACCAGUCGAUCAUUUUCUGCAACUCCUCUCAGCGGGUUGAACUGCUAGCCAAGAAGAUUUCCCAACUGGGCUAUUCCUGCUUCUAUAUCCACGCUAAAAUGAGGCAGGAACAUCGGAAUCGUGUGUUCCAUGAUUUCCGAAAUGGCUUAUGCCGCAAUCUUGUUUGCACUGAUCUGUUUACCCGAGGUAUUGAUAUCCAAGCUGUGAAUGUGGUGAUAAACUUCGACUUUCCAAAGCUGGCAGAGACCUAUCUCCAUCGGAUUGGCAGAUCAGGUCGCUUUGGCCACCUGGGGCUGGCCAUCAACUUGAUCACCUACGACGAUCGAUUCAACCUGAAAAGUAUUGAGGAGCAGCUGGGAACCGAGAUUAAACCUAUCCCGAGCAACAUCGACAAGAGCCUGUAUGUGGCAGAAUACCACAGCGAACCUGUAGAAGACGAGAAACCGUAACUAGCACGCUUUGAUUACAACUUCCGAAGCUGAAACCCUCUGAUCCGGAUCCGCGACACAUCGUUUCUUUGGGAAUGCUCUUCUCUUGGUGGGUUUUUCAUUUUGGAACUAUGAAGACUUAAAACGAGCUCAGACUUUUGUUUUUCUUUUUUUAAUCUGGCGGAGAGGAGCGAAAAGCUGAAAAAGAAGGAAUAUACCUUUUUGUUUUUUCCACUUGUUUGCACUGUGUGCUGACUGAACAUUAGUUGCACUAACUGCUGGUUUUAAAAAAAAAAAAAUUUUCUUCUGGGGGCAAAGGAAGGAGGAGGAGGAGGGGAGAGACCCUGAAAAGAGAAGAAUCUUGACGAACACACAAGCUUGUCUACGAUUUCAACAUUCUCGCAACAGCCGACUUCUGAGUGCAUUUCAACUUCUCCUUGGUUACCCAUCCGUUUUGAAGCCUAAAAAGCUUUGUUACUUAUUUGUGCGAAGUGCCUUAUGCUAUGAGACCAUUCAGAAAAAUCAUCCGUCAGACCCAGCCCAAGGACCCGACAACUGCAGUUUUACUUUGGUUUGUUUUUUUGGUAUUUUGAUUUCGUUUUCAUUUUUGUUUCAGGUCAAAGUUCCCUUCCUCUGACCCGCAUCUCCCCCCCACCGCCCGUCCCCCACCCGUCCCCCAGCCUACCCGAACGCUCAAGCGUAGGCCUGGGAGGCAACCUUAGCCGUAACGUCUAACACUCUGUUUUGGUUUUGAAAUUGGAGGAGUUGAGAUGCACCUGCAGUUGACCCACGCUGUAAAUACAUGUAUUUAAAAGAAAAAAAAAAAUUCCCCAACGGAAAAAAAAAAACCAUCUGGGCUGAGUAGAAGGCGGCGAAGGGAUGAGCGGUUUUCUCAUUGCAGGAGCCACUGUGCCGGACCCACCGUGCUCGAGCACGGAACACUAAAGACUGGUUUCCAUAAGCCUCCAUUAGCAGUCACGGCACUUGGUGUGGAGGUACGUCAGAGCCAUGACCCUCUUUCUUCUCUGGCAAAGCGUGUCCCAUAGAAAAGCGGAUGUGUAUACUUGUAUAGACUUUGUAAAUAGGAUUCUUUUUUUUUUUUCCGGGUUCAUAUAUAACUUUUUUUUCUUAUGAAGGUUGCUGGGUUUAAGGGGAUUAGACUGAUUAUGGGAGCAGCUAAAGAUGAGAGGGGCUCAUUUUUCCGCAACACUAAACUCUGAAAAGCGCGUUGCCCUGGAACUUAGAGCGCCGGCCUCUGGGAGAAUCCUGGGGCGCGGGGCGGGGAAGGGGUAGUUGGCUCCAGCUUUUGCUGCCACCAUGCCGUCUUACCCGGGAGCUGCGGAGGACCUGCCGGUGAGGGCGAGAAAGCUUCAGAAACUCCCCUUACUCAUUUUUUGUUUCGUAUUUGUUUUGUUUUUUGAGAUGAUCUCUGAUUUCCCCUUCCGCCCCCCUCCGCCCCGCUCCACACGCUCCCCUCACCCCCAACCCAGCUCUCCCCCACCUGGGAGAACAACAACCACCAAACCUCCAGAAACUACAGACUGAGAGAGGGGAGGCGGGGGAGGUGGGCCGAGGACCACUCGGCAACGUGGGUGAUCCGCACGGGCGGCGUUGUGGCCGCGCGGAAGCUUUAGGGCUCGGACGCGGAUCUCUGAAGCCUAGGAUACACCCGUUGGCAUCACGUGACGGUUGUGGAGCCAGCGGGUCGCCGCCCACCCGCUGCCCAACACCACCUUGAUCCUCGUAGACUGUCGGAGCGGGGGCCCUGCUGAGGCCCGUUCUGACCCGGAGGCAGCAGAAAAGCCGCUCACCAUCUUGGACGCUCUCGCCCCGAGUUGCCCGCUCUGGCGCUUCAAACGGGGCCGGCUCUGGCUUUUCGGUUGCGUAGUGUUGCUCUAAAUUGUGCCCCUCCCAACAUGCUUGACGUUUGGCCUGAUCUCCAGGCACAAGGAGUGAGUUGAAUCCAAACCAGUAAUUGUUUUUUUGUUUUUUUCUUCUUUUUCUCUUCCCCGCCCCCGUUUUUAAUUCUCCUUUUAGCCCGACAAACCAGGGUCGGUAGGGAGGUGCCUCCAAAUCCCAGCCGUCCAAAAAGCAAUUGGUUGAAUAUUCUUUUUUUUUUCUUUGAUUUGGUUAUCCUUGAAUGUUCUAAACCUAUGCUGCAUUCUCUUCCCAGUGAGGCUCCCCAGAUAAAGGCACCAUCCUUGGGGAAGGGAAGGGUUGUGGGUUUUGGCCUUUUUUUUUUUUUUUUGGUGGGUUUUUUUUUUUUUCUUUGGCGGUGGGGAGAACUUGGGGAUUUUUGUGGGGGGGUAUUUCUGGUUUUUUUUUUGUUUUGUUUUGUAUUUUUUUUUUUGUUUGCCCCCACCUUUUCUCAGUUCAAAGCAAAAUGAUUCGGGAGCCGAGCUAGUGGCUGGGUCAUGCCCUCCCCGAGCUCCCCAAUGGAUCAGAAGCAAAGAGGGGGUCCUCCCAGACAAACACCGCUCCCCGCUCCACAGGGCCCCUCACCAGCUGAAGGCAGAGCUGCCCGGCACAGUACAGAUUAUUCAAAGAGCAGUCGCCCGGGCUAAAAGACCCACAUGAAUCCACACCAUCCCAAGCCCGGGAUGCAAUGGACCCCUAUCAUCUGGGAGCGAUUACUAUUUGGGUUUUUGUUGUUGUUUUUUGUUUUUUUCUUUUUUUAAUUUGUCUUGUCUGUGGGUUGGGGUGGGGGGAGGGAAUUUCCAGGCGAAUUUUGACCAAACACAAAAACUCCUGCUCUUGUACUGUAGCAGCUCUCGAUUUUUUCCUUCCCUCUAGCAA